AUGGCUUCCGACGAGAUCGUAUGGCAGAUCAUCAACCAGCAGUUCUGCUCCUUCAAGCUCAAAUUACCAGGAAACGACCGCCACCAAAAAUCCUCAAAGCAGACCUUUUGCCGCAACGAGCACAACGUCACAGGCCUCUGCAACCGCCAGUCAUGUCCGCUUGCCAACUCGCGAUAUGCGACCAUUCGAGCAGACCCCACAAACCAGCGACUAUACCUGUACAUCAAGACCGUCGAGCGCAGUCAUCUUCCAAACAAGUGGUGGGAGAAGAUACGAUUGAGCCCGAACUACACGAAAGCGCUGCAGCAGAUCGAUGAGAGACUGAUCUACUGGCCGAAGUUCCUCCUGCACAAAUGCAAGCAGAGGCUUACGCGGUUGACGCAAGUGAGAGUGCGGGCACAACGGUUGGCGAAGGAGGAGGAAAGGUUAGGCGAGCACAUGGUCAGCCGGAUGGCACCGAAGGUGAGAAGGCGAGAAGAGACUCGUGAGCGGAAAGCAGAAUCUGCGGCGAAGAUCGAGCGGGCUAUUGAGCGGGAGUUGGUGGAGCGGUUGCGGAGUGGAGCGUACGGUGAUCGGCCGCUGAAUGUGGAGGAGAAUGUGUGGAAGAAGGUCAUGCGCGGGCUGGAGAGGUCGCAAGAGGGUGAGAGGGACGUGGAUCUGGAUGAAGGGAUCGAGGAAGACGGAAUCGAGAACGAGUAUGAGCGUGAGCCUGGUGAAGCGGACGUGGAGUAUGUGAGCGAUAUCGAAGGCGAGUCGGACGAUGACCAAGACGACAUGGAGGACUUUGACGACUGGCUUGGUGGGCACAGUGCGGACGAAGACGGGGAUGAAGAGGUCGGUUCGUCUGAGGAGGGAGAUGAAGCAGGCGACGAGGAAGAUGGCGAAGAAGAAGAUGCCGCGGCACUCAAGAGCAAGCUCGACGGUCUCAAGCGCAAGAGAAGCGGCGCACCUCCACCGAAGCCUCGCAAGAAGCCUUCGAAAGGCCCGAAGACCAACAUCGAGUACGAGUAUGAGUAUGAGCGGCCGCAGCGAGAGAUGCUACUGGCGAAGUGA